UCAACACGUAUCGCGUCGACGGUCGAUUGAUGUGGACUGGGGAUUGUGCUAGUCGUUUAACCGGAGCAGAAACAAAUCGAGGAUGAUAUAUUUUGCUUGGAUAUAAACUUGAAAAGUAUUCCACAGGUUGUGGCCUUUGGCAGGAUGUCAGGAUGGCAAGUGGCCCUGGCUUGCCGGACAGCCUGGUGCUGGAAAUCUUCUUGCAUCUCCCUCACAAGGCGGUGCUGAGCGCAGGCUUCACCUGUCGUCAGUGGUUUGCUGUGUCGCGUGAUGAGUUCCUCUGGAAGGAGCUCUUCUACAACUACUACUUCAUCCCGCGCUCCGUGCCUCGUCACCCUGCGGCUGUGUCAUGGUACAGGGAGUUCAAGCGGCUGUAUGACUGCAUUCCCUGUGUGGAGGUUCAGACUCUGAAGGAACAUCAUGAUCAGGUCCUUCACCUGGCCUUCUCUCACCGAGGACAUCGCUUCUCUUCCUGCUCUAAAGACUGUACUGUUAAGCUCUGGGACACAGAACGAUCAGAUGGCACCAUCUCUUUGGUUCACAGCUCCAGCAUGCGGCAGUUUAACUGGGGCUACACUCAGUUCUCUCAGUUCAACGCCGACGACACGCUGCUGCUGGUGUCAGGGGUAUACCUGGGCCCACAUCACUCCUCUUCAGGGGAGAUCGCCGUCAUCAGUCUGGAGAACUACACCCUGCUGUCCCGUGUCAGAAAUAAGCCAUACGAUGUGUUCGGCUGCUGGCUGAAUGAGACUCACCUCAUUUCUGGUAACCUGCACUGGAUUGGGAACAUGACCUCCUGCUCUGUGCUCUGGCUCAACAAAGCCUUCCAGGACAUUGAGUCAGAAAACGUCAAUGUGGUGAAGCGUCUGUUUAAGAUCCAGAACAUCAAUGCCAGCACUAUCCGCACGGUGAUGGUGGCCCACUGCCGUCGACACGACUCUCCUGACCUCCUUCUGGAUUAUGAAGCUCAGUCCAAGGCGCAGGCUCAGCGGACACAGCAGCACCAGCCUCUCUUCUUUGACCUGGGAAACACGGACAGCGAGGAGGAGGAGGGCGAAGAGGAGGAGGACGAGGAAGAUGAGGAGCGAGGAGAAAAAAGAGCGGCGGCGCAUCAGCCCUCGUUUCACCCAUCCGGGAUUCAGCAUGUUAUACAUGGGCGUCAGAGCAUAGCUGCUCGGGAAAGAGAGUUGGAGACAAAGGUGGCCAGGUUAAUGGGCAGCAGACGCACCAAAGCUCCUGAUCCCACCCUGGUAUCUCCCUCGGCCCCUGGAGAAGGAGAGGACAAGACCUACCUCCUCUUCACCACCGGCAGCCUUACCUACUCGCCUCACCAAAUAGGUAUCAAGCGGAUAAUGCCUGAUCAAAUGACGACGUGCGGUCCUGUGCUGGGAGAGGAGCGCAGUACGGAUGAAUUCUUUGACUCUCUGGAUCAUGUGAUCGACAUACACGGCCAUAUCAUUGGCAUGGGUCUGUCACCUGACCAUAGGUACUUGUACGUGAACAGUCGAGCGUGGCCGGCAGGCUGCGUGAUCUCUGACCCCAUGUCCCCUCCGCCCAUCGCAGAGGAGAUAGACCUGCAUGUGAUUGAUCUGAAGAGUCUUCGAGAGGAACGUCGCAGCCUUCGAGCCCACCGGGCCUUCACACCCAACGACGAGUGCUUCUUUAUCUUCCUCGACGUCAGCCGAGACUUUGUUGCCAGCGGUGCAGAGGACAAGCACGGUUACAUCUGGGAUCGGCACUACAACAUCUGCCUGGCUCGCCUGAAACACGACGACGUGGUCAACUCUGUGGCCUUCAGCCCAGCAGACCAGGAGCUGCUGCUGUCUGCCAGCGACGACUCCACCAUCAAAGUGUGGCGCUCGCCGCGCAUGGUGCGCCUCGCCGAGGCACCGCAGCGCCCCCCUCGGGCUCAGAAACUGCUCUCCUCUUUGCUCGGCCGCAGGAGUGCUAAUCUGAACGGUAAACCGUGACGAGAGAAAGACGCUCCGUGAGCAGAGAGACACGUGAGGUCAGGAAGGCGAGGGUCUCCGUACGUGCAGUCUUCUGUGGGCCUUUUUGCACAAUGUGCCGUGACCAACAGAUAGCCGGAACAUGAGAAGCAACAAAAGAAAACUGCCUCUUUGGAACUCUAUACUGGUGAAAGAUCGCUGAUGCGCAAGAAAACACAGGAGACGUUCAUUAAGAAGACGUGUGACUUCAAGAAGAAAGAUACUAAGGUCACAUUCACAUAUAAAUGUCACGUGUUUUUAUUUGAAAGCCCAUUUAACCCUGUGGUGAUGAACGAAGCACGUCUGCACGUUUGUACUUUGUUGGCACCUUUUUUUUUUAAGUAGAUGUUAUACAAGCAAUCUGAUGAUCAGAAAAAUGGUGUUUAAAUCCUAACAGAGAAAAAUCUAUGUUCUGCUACACCUUUACAACACAGAUAUAUGCAUCACUGAUAUUUCAUCCCUGUUCCAGUUUUAUGUAGGAGAAGUAAGUUUGAUUUAACUUCAUUUCGUUGACUCCUGAGCUGCCCUAUAUAGCCUUUAUCAUUGAAAUCGGUUGUAUCCAUUGUGCAUAUGGAUUGUGUCAUAGAGGUUACACUAUAUAUCACACUAUAUUGAAAAUGUAAAAAUUCCAAAGAAAUUCAAAGCCUUCGUGUUGAACUUUUGUUUAUACAAGCAGUCGGUUUUAACAAUGCUGCACCUCCGUCAUGGUGACGUAUUUAUUGUAUGUGUAUUUAUCUACUAAGACGUUUCGAGAGGAUUUGUUUAGGUUGGAUCAUUAAAACUACAAAACCAUUUCAUUUCCCGUUACAGGUAGGUGAGGCUUGUGACUACACCGUUGAGAUACUAUGCAGCAUUUCAUAUCAACAAGCAUGCUUACCUCACCUGCAGCACUUUACCUUUCUGUGCUUUACCAGCAUUAAAUAUUCAGCAAAGGUGCUCAGACGUCAUGAAAAAGUGACCCCUAAACCCCCAUCAUGCCUCACAGAGAUGGUCUACAGCCGUAAUGUUAAUAUCCAUGACGAUACAUAUGACUUUUUGUUAAUUUAUUUACAUCCAGUGAUUUCGACCGGAUCUCCUUGUAAUGAUGUAGUUUCUAAUGGCCCUGACUCCCUGUGUGACGUUUGCUCGUGCUCGUGCGUCUGGUUUUGACAUCCGUAGAUUUUGUACUGUGGAAUGUAUACUUUCUUUGGCCCAUUAAACUUUUUUUUUCUUUUACCAGAUGAGAUGUGAAUUUUGUAUUUUUACUAAAGGACUGGAUAAAAUAGAACUCCUUAGAGAAGAAAUUGCGUUUAUUGAUGUUACAAAAUAAAAUAGAAUUGUACACUAAUAGAUUGCCCUUAUAUAUGACUUGGACUUGUAUAUGAAUUAUGAACAUAAUUAAAUAUUUUGUGAUUAAAAUGCGAUGCAAUAAAGGGUAGAUUAAUAUCGCUACAAACACUAGAUGAAAUCCAAAUCAACAAGUGAUAGCUAAAUAAUAUAACACAUUCAUUUUGAAAGGACACAUACCAGAUCAUCAAAAAAAAAAACAUGUUUCCAACACUAACAAGGAUUAUUAUCUAUGCACCAGCAGGACCCCUAACCUCGCUUGCUGUGAUAAUACAGAAAAAAAUGGUGGUCCUUUUAGAAGGAUUUGUGGUGGAUCUUAUUCUUCUAUUCAUUAAACGCUCAAGUGGGCUCAUUUAUCAUCAUCAG